GUCAGCAUUAAGCUGAAACAAGGCAUGGAUGAUGAUUUGAGACUAUGUAGUCUGAAAGAGAGCAGUAACUGCAUGGAGUCUUAAGUCCCUGGACCCUUAGCGCAACCAAAGGAGCAGCCAUGAACUGGGGUGUGUAUGAAGCUCUGCUGACAGGUGUCAAUAAAUUCUCCACUGAAUUUGGUAGACUUUGGCUUUCCAUUGUUUUUAUAUUUCGCAUCUUGGUAUAUGGACUAACUGCAAACCGCGUCUGGGGAGAUGACCAAAAAGACUUUGACUGUAACACUCGGCAGCCAGGGUGUUCUAAUGUCUGCUAUGACCAUUACUUUCCUGUGUCCCACAUUCGGCUGUGGGCUUUACAGCUCAUCCUGGUCACCUGCCCUUCUCUUCUUGUUGUGAUGCAUGUUGCUUAUCGAGAGAACCGAGAGAGGAAAUACAGUGAGAGAUUGGGGGAGAAAUAUGAGAAGCUCUACAAAGACAUCAGCAAAAAGAGAGGGGGCCUAUGGUGGACCUAUCUCUUGAGUCUUCUAGUCAAAGCUGCUGUGGACAUAACUUUUAUUUUUAUUUUUCAUCGACUCUAUGAAAAUUUUUUUCUUCCUCGAGUAGUAAAAUGCACACUUAGUCCGUGUCCCAACACAGUAGACUGCUUCAUCUCCAGACCAUCUGAAAAGAACAUCUUCACUCUAUUUAUGAUCAUUACUUCUGCUGUGUGUGUCCUUCUGAACUUUGUGGAAGCUUCAUAUCUUGUAGGGAAAAAAUGUAGAGAGACCAUGCAAGCCAGAAAAAAGAAAGUUUUGGGAGAGACAUGCUCUGAUCACUGUGUCAGUGUUCGUAAUGAACAACCAUGCACAGAUAAAAAUUGUAAGACCAAGAGUAUAAUUUCCUAA